AGGCAGCUCCCAAAAAGCCCCGUGGGGCAUCAACAUCAUGAAGAAAAACAAGAAAUCUGCGCCGCGCGCCUUCGGCGUCAGGCUGGAGGAUUGUCAGCCUGCCCCCGACAACAAGAACGUGCCCCUGAUCGUGGAGGCGUGCUGCAAAGUGGUGGAGGACCGGGGGCUGGAGUACAUGGGCAUCUACCGCGUGCCCGGCAACAACGCCGUGGUGUCCAGCCUGCAGGAGCAGCUCAACAAGGGAGCCACCGAGAUCAACCUGCAGGACGAGGUGAGGGCAGGGCAGGUGGCUGUCCCCAAGGCUGGCCCCGUCCUGGUCUCCAUCGCUGUCAUGCCUCUGGAAUGCUCUCCUGGUCUGUGUCAUUGUCCCUGUCCUUGUUAUCAUCCUUGUUCCUGUCAUCAUUCCUGUCCCGUCAUCCCUGUCCUUGUUAUCAUCCCUGUCCUUGUCAUCAUCCCCGUCCUUGUUGUCAUCCUUCUUCCUGUCAUCAUCCCUAUCCGGGACCUGCCAGGCCAUUACUACGAAACCCUCAAAUUCCUGGUGGGCCACCUCAAAACCAUCGCUGACCACUCGGAGAAGAACAAGCUCUGA